CAGAGUUCCACGGGAACGCGCACGAAAACGAACGAGCGCAAACUUGCGUGUUCACUUCACUAUCACCCCACACUUCACAAUCGUCAGAGGUGUCACCAUCUCUUUGAUUAUGUGGAACAGAAAGUAUUUAUUGACCAUUUUUGGACUGCUGACAUUGUCAUGUGACAUCCUGGGAACAGCAACAGUUGUAUAUGAAUCUAUUGGAGGGAAAGCAACGUUUGCCUGCAAAAAGACCCAAAAUGAUGACAAGUGGACAUAUAAGAGUAAUGACUUUGCUACAGAAGAUAUUGUAAUCAGAUCAAGUAAAAGAAUGCUUGAGUUAAGAGGACAUUUACCAAUGGUUAAAAGAGCCAGGAUUGUUCAAGAUUUUUCUCUUGAGAUUAAAGAUGUUGAAAGCUCUGAUGAAGGCAUCUAUAAAUGUAGUUCUGAAGGCAAAGAGUACAAACUCUGUAUUGUUUCAGUGCAUGCUGAUCCUCAAGGCCCAGGUGUUCAAUUCACACCUCUGAAGAUAAAAUGCGCCAUAUGUGAAAAUACACCUCGCAUCUGGCAACAUCCACACAAAAUAAAUAUAAUGAAUUCAAACAACUAUAUAAUUAACAAAGAAGAGGGCACCAUUGAGAUUAAGUCUUUAUCAAUGGAGGAUGCUGGAACUUGGACUUGCAAAAUAACUAAUUUUCAUAUAGAAUACAAGUUGCAGAUUAUUGGAUUUACCGGAAAUUCAUCUCUCACUACAUUUUGUAAAAAAGGUGAUACAGCAUACUUGCCCUGCCAACUUCAUUCCUUGCCCUCAGUCCCAGAUUUUGGAAAUCUAAUUAUUACUGGUGGAGGAUGGAAAAAGAAGGCAGAACAAGACAGUAUGGAUCAACUUCUGUUUUUGCAGUUUAUGAACAGGGAGCUAUCAUGGAAUUUAUCAGUGGUUAACAAAAGACUGACCUUCCAUUCAGAAAAUAUUGGAAGAAAUCUCUCAGUCACAAUAAAGAAUGUACAGCUUAAAGAUGCCGGAGAGUACAUUUGUGAGGUUCAAUUUAAUACAAGGAUUUUAAAGAAAACAGUGAAGAUAUUGGUGGAGGAUGUAAUCACAGAAGUCACACACUCAACUGGUGUCAACAAAUCAGGUCACAAAAAAAUGUCACUGUGGAUGUUCAUUUUGAUUGGAGUGGUUGCCUUUGUUCUAAUUGUCCUCCUCAUUAUUGUAACCAUAUUAAUAAUAAGGCAUCAGCGUCUGCGGGCACAAGCCAAAAGGAGAGCAUAUCAAAGACAAGCUUUGACACCUAAACAAUACUGCCAAUGUCAUAGAAGCAGAAACAGAAAUGGAUAUAGCCGACAGCCAGUCAAAGAGAAACUUCUGGAUGAAGAGUUUUAUUAAAACUAGUUGAGCAUAAAUGCUGCAGGAAACAACUGGCAAUCAGUAAAGCUGUUUAGAAAUUUGUAAAUUCAGUCUGUGACAUUUUGAUCCUUAAUCAUUUCUGUAAUUGCUAAAAGGAAUUGGCAAAUAUUGAAAUAUCUACAGUAUAAUGAUCUGUUCAAAUAUAUAUUAAUUAUAGGCAUUUUCUUCAGUUAUAUUCAGUAUAUAGUGUGUUUCUUAGUGAUAAUGUUUAUUUAGUCCUGAUGUUUUGCUUUUAAAAAGAGCCACUAGAAGGUGCUGUAUGGCUUUGGGCAUUACAGUAACUUAAGGGAAAAAUACAUGUCAAUAUAUAUUUCAAAAAACGAAUAUAUCUUAAAACCAUAUGAUAUUUAUAUCAUAAACUAACAUGUUUUCCAGUAACAGAAUUUUGAAUGUUUUUUUUAUUUCUGUAUUCUUGAACACAUGCAGUUAAAAUAAGAUUCUCUUUUGAUUCUUUUCUUUUUCACUUGCCUGCUGAAAUGUAUAAUUAACAAACUUUCAAUUGCAGUCCUGGGCACUUUUAAAUUCCUUAACUUCUGUUAUGCAAAUGUGUGUAUGAAUAAUUGAAACAAUUAAAUAAAUAAAGAGCUUGGAACUUUA